AUGGCCGUUUGGAAAAUCCCUGAGAGCCUGGCUUUUUUAGCCCUGGCGCUGGUGUUCGCACGCUCUGAGCUCUCUCGCGCCAAGCAAUGGUCGUCGUGGUCGUGGUCGUCCUCGCAUCCAGGACGUAGCAGACUCACGGACGACCUAUCGCCACACCUUCAACCUCGAGGAUCCUCUUUCUCUCCCUCUGCUGAGACUCCUACGACCGAGAUUCCGUCGUCCACAAGCCCCCUCGGGACCCCCUCCCCUGACGUGAGGCGACUCGGGUCCUUGCUGCCCUUCGUGGACUUCGUCAGGACCCUGCAUGCGGUGGUCGCGCACAGCCACAGACUUCGGGUUAGUAGCGGGGAUCCAGCCACUGUUCCUCCGCGUCCGCAGUCGCCGCCAAGGUCCUCAGCUGCCUCCUCGUCUGUUCUGAGUGAUAUACUGAGCAGUGAAGACAUAAGAGCAUCAGCUGUGAGUCUUUACGGCCAGGAACACAGCCUCCGAGAGAAGAGAUCGUUUCCACUCUUCGGAUUUCUGAGCUUUUUGAUGCUCAUGCUCAACAGUAUCCUUCUCAUCAACCAGAAUAUCAACAUCAAUAAUAAUAACAACAACAACAACAAUAAUAAUAAUAACAACAACAACAAUAACGAAAACGAAAACAACAACGGUCGUCGACUCUUCCGGUUAUUGCAAGAUUUCGGGGAGGAAGUCGCCGAGUCCUUCACCAACGUGGCGUCCUAUGCUUUCAACGGGGGGGAGGAUGAUGCCAGCGUCGGGGAUGAGCCUGCUCCUGCGGCGUCAGUGGCAGGGCCGAGUGAGAGGAGGAUGCUGCAUUUAGUGAAGAGGGAGUCUGGGCAUCAUCUGGUCAAGAGAGAUUUCUCCGUGUUCAGCAUGAUCAACUUCCUCCUCGUGGUAUUCAAUGCCAUCAUCAAUAUCGUCAAUAACAUCUCCAACAACAAUAAUAACAACAAUAACAACAACAACAAUAACAAUAACAAUAAUAACAAUAACAACGAAAACGUCAACAACAGAAGAAAGAAACGCGACGUGUUAAAAGACCUGGAAGAAAUGCUGUUUCCUCUCGACUCUGAAUUCAGUGACGUCCCGUACGACAGAAAUUCAGAAGUUCAGAAAAACUUAAACUUUAAUCAGGUAGAGUUUACGACCCCCUAAUCGUUUGUUAAUCCCAAAGUAACAAUGAAACCAACCCCAAUACAAAGAACCCCGAGAAUUUCAAGCCUGAAAUCCCAAACUUCUCUCUCCAAGGGCAUACUCGCUACCCAUCGAACCCGCAAAUGGAUCAACACAAAAGCUGGUUACCUGAACGUCCUCCCGCAGGUGUAUUCCAAAAACCUCUUGCGGCAGGAGCGCGCGGCGGAGGGAAGAACCACAGGCGCUCUGAAGGAGGCUCCAUCCCCCCUCUUUCCAAUGAUCAGCUUCUUCGUCCUGUUCCUCAACCUCAUUCAGGACAUAAAGAGAAAAACUCUCGGGGAGGAGAACACGAACUCGCUGCUUCGGACCUUCGACCGAACCGUGACUCAGGUCGAACACAGCGGGGUGCUCGACGGUGAAGCAGCUGCUCUUAUGGCCUUUCUGAGGAAGCAAAGGCACUGGUGGGAUGAGGUUACGGGAUUCUAAGUUAAUUUUUAUCAAGUAUAAGUAAUAUGUUAUACGGUUUUAUUUCACCUGUAUGUUAUUAUCUAUUUUUUGUGUGCGUCAUUAUUUGUACAUCUCCCAUUGUCUUUUUCAUGCAGCA